AUGACCAACUUUCUCAAUCUCCCCCCCGAGCUUCGCCAGAAUAUCUACGACUUCAGUCUACCGGUACAGCAGCUGAAAGCCCAGGAUUUCUACGACCCUGCUUGGUCAGACGCUGAGAAACCGGCCGGCAUCCCAAGCCUUUUCUUCGUCAACAAAGCCGUCUCUGAAGAAGCAGCGGCGGCGUUCUAUUCUCGAGCUGUGCUCAACGUCGCCCCCUUGCGCCCAGCUCCCUAUUUAUUUGAUUCUCUGACCAGCAACGGACCCAAGCUUAACCUAGCCUUCGGCUUGGACGUCGAGUUUUCCUCCUGCCCGCGGCGCCAUCUGCAGCGGAUAACAACAGCACGCAUUUACAGCGGACAGCAUGAUGCCAUUUCGGCCGAGGCUUAUGAGGCUCUCCUCCGCUGGCUUGUCGAUAACACGGCCGUGCAGAUGAUUCAUUUGUCUCGGCGCCUGAUGACGAGAUUACGAAGGGCGAGAGCGGAUAUCAAUGCGACAUUCGACUUGCGUGCAGCUGCCCCUAGUCUGUCUUUGUUACGAACUAUUUAUGUGUACAGUGCUUAUGAUCGAUCGCCCUGGGAGGUGACACGCAUGCAUGGGCUAGAGCAGGUUUUAGGUGAGACCAGAUUGCCUGGAAUACAAGUCUAUGUUCUUGAGAAAGGCGGUCAAAAUGAUGCACUCCUGGAUCCUCGAUGGGAUGCACGAAGGAGCGAUGACAACCAAAGACGAGACAUGAUGCACAACAUCUCGGGCUGGUUGGAUUCCCUACUGGCCGGGGACCCUGCCGCUGAACAAAAAGGCCGUGCAGAAGAUGAGCCCCGUUUAUACCAGGUGUGCUUCGUUUUUCAACGCUCCCAGCCAAGGACAGGAUAG